ACAGAAACAAAAGCACAAACAGCUGCUACAUCAUCAAAUUCUCUCAUCGAUCGAGAUGUCUGGGGUGUGGGUGUUCAAGAACGGUGUGGUUCGCCUGGUUGAAAACCCGACAGUGGAGUCUUUAGACGGAAGUGGUCGACAAACGUCGACCACCCGGCGGAAGGUUUUGGUUCACACGCCAACUAACGAGGUAAUGACUUCUUACGCCGUUCUUGAGCAGAAGCUGUUGGAGCUGGGAUGGGAGAGGUAUUACGAUGACCCUGACCUGUUCCAGUUCCACAAGCCAUCAACGAUUCACCUCAUUUCUCUCCCCAGGGAUUUCAUCAGAUUCAGGUCCAUGCACAUGUUUGACAUUGUUGUCAAGAAUCGUAAGAAAUUCGAAGUUAGAGAUGUUAUGUGAUGUAACCCGUCGUCGAUCGAUUGGUCUCGCUCGCUUCUGUGUGCUUGCGCUUGGUUAUGUGCGUGUGUCCUUAUAUAUAGCUAGCUUGAUCAUGCUGAUUGCUGGUCGGUUUAUUGUAUCGGCUAGCUGGUGCUGGUUCUCUCCUUCUUUCUCUUUCUCUUUGUGGAUUGUGGGUCUCUCUCCUUUUUAGUUUGAAGGUGUAACACGGGUUAAAGGAGAGGAGACUCAUCAAGACUUCUUUUGGGGUGUGAGUUGAUUGUUUGGUCUGUUGCAUGAUAGUUUAUUCAGCAAUUAAUGAAAUAUGGGUUUCGUUUGUUUUGCUCGGUUUGUGUAGAAGUGUAUGUACGUGGAUAUACAACAAGUGUAAUAUUCUAUUAUUUUUAUU